AUGAAAACCACAAGGAUCGAUCAAAAUAGGAAGAAACGCAAGAAGAGCAGAUUUUUCUUCCUCCUAAAUGCUAUCACGGAAGGAUUAGCGACUGGCUUAGUUUUAUAUUGCACAUUCAUGGCCAGCUGUGUGCUUGGCAAUGAAGUUAGUGGACCCGUUUACAUAUUUUUGCUGUUCAUAUUUCCCGCUUUCAUACCCGAUUUGUACUAUUAUCUACUUACGCCGAAACUGCAUACGUUGGGUAUUGAUCCGUUGGGUGUUAUGUUCAACUUUAUUAUAGGUGUCUUGUGCAUUUUGAUUGGUGUAAGUCUUAUAAUGGUAAUCAUUUCGUUUUGUGGGUUUUAUGCACAAUUCCUUUUGGUGAUUGCUGGUGCCUUAAGCGUUUGCUCGGGCGUAUUUCAUUUGAUGAAUGCCUGUAUGUGUCACAAGGCGAUACCCAAGUCGGAGAGAUAUUACAAACCGCGCCGUUCUAAACCCAAGAAAGCGCCGAAGGAUAAGAAGAAACAAGCGAAACCAGCUAAAAAAGGCAAAGCGGAAAAGAAGCCCGACAAGAAAGCUGAAAAGAAACCUGACAAGAAGGCUGACAAGAAGGCUGAAAAGAAACCCGAGAAGAAGACCGAUAAAAAACCGGACAAAAAGUCGGAAAAGAAAGCUGAAAAGAAACCAGAAAAGAAAACAAAAUCAAAGUCCGCAGAAAAAUGCUAA